GUAGGCUUGAUUUUUUUCAGGAACCCGUCGACUCCCUUGGCUACGAGUUUGCAGCAUACAGCUUCCAGCUGCCAGUCCUAACACAGUUCUUGGGUUUGACUCAUUUUAGAAGAAACUGCCUGAAUUCAGAGACCACCAGAUCUGUUACAGAAGAAGCAAUUCCAUGAUCCCCUUGUAAACUUUGGUACUGCAAUGGCUUGUGAAAUCAUGCCUCUGCAAAGUUCUCAAGAAGAAGAAAGACCCAUGUCACCUUUUUAUUUAAGUGCUCCUGUGAACGAAAUAAGUAAUGUUCCAACAACUGGAGAGUUCUUAGAAAGAACAAUUCGAUCAACAGUGGAACAGCAUCUUUUUGAUGUUCAAGAUUCUGGCGGUCAAAGCUCAGAAGAUUCAGAGUGUGGAGCAUCAUCCGCUUCUUCCAUAGUAGUUACCAGGCAGAAACGAUGGCAUAACAAAGAUCAGAAUGAAAUCAGACCUAACAGAGAAAGGAUACUUAUCUACAAAGAAAAUAUUCCUUCUGAGUUCAGCAGCCUCGAGGAAUGUAUUUUGACUGCUCAGGAAGCAGAAAAAUACCAGGAAAACAACUGUGUAUAUAUUGAAGAAAACAGUAAACCUAAACGACAGAAGUCCAGUACCAGACUUUCUGAGAUUAAUGACAUCCAAGAUAAUCAUGUGACUAUGGAAAGUAUUAAUUCUACAAGACCUCAAGAGAGACUUGGAUGUGAUGAUAUCCUAGAACUGAUGUCUGAUGAAAGCAAAGAAAAUAAUAGUGAUGGGAAGUACACUCAGCAUUCUCAGAUCUUCACCAUGAAGAUUCAGGAACAUCCAAGCCUCCCCGAAACUAAACUCCAGAGAAACCAAGACACGGAUGUCCAGGAAGAUAGCUUUGUCACUGAAAUGCCUCAGUUGGACUUGACCACUUUGUGUAAUGAGAACAGCUGGGAAGAGCCCAUUCCUACUUUGUCCUCAUGGCAGUGUGACAGCAUUGAUUCAGAUGAAGCCCGCCUUUCCCCACAGGCUGGGCGCCUGAUUCGCCAGCUUCUAGAUGAAGACAGUGAUCCUAUGCUGUCUCCUCGAUUCUAUGCUUAUGGACAGAGCCAGCAGUACCUGGAUGACACGGAAGUGCCUCCUUCCCCCCCCAAUUCACAUCCUUUCAUGAGGAGAAGGAGCUCUUCUUUGGGAUCUUAUGAUGAUGACCAAGAAGACUUAACACCUGCACAGCUAACUCGGCGGAUUCAAAGCCUUAAGAAGAAAAUCAGACGGUUUGAAGACAGAUUUGAAGAAGAAAGAAAAUACAAACCUUCCCAUAGUGACAAAGCAGCCAAUCCAGAGGUACUGAAAUGGACAAAUGACCUUGCAAAAUUCCGGAAGCAGCUGAAAGUAGAGUCAAAGUUAAAGUUAUCUGAAGAAGAACUGGUUCCUCAGAUGCGACAGCGGAGCAACACACUCCCCAAGAGUUUUGGUUCUCAGUUGGAGAAGGAAGAUAAGAAACGAGAGAUAGAAAAAGCAAUGACACCUACUAUUGAAGCUACCCUGGAAUCUAUUCAGAAGAAACUAAAAGAGAAGCGGAGAGAGACCAACCAUCCUGAGGACAUUAAGGAUAUGACCAGAGAGCAGAUUGCUAUUGAGAAAGUGGCUCUGCAGAAAUCUUUGUUGUAUUAUGAGAGCAUCCAUGGAAGACCGGUAACAAAGCAUGAACGUCAGGUUAUGAAGCCAUUAUAUGACAGAUAUAGACUGGUCAAACAGAUUCUGUCACGGGCCACCGCUAUUCCCAGCAUUGGUUCUCCCUCCAACAAGCGGAGAAGUCCUUUGCUACAGCCAAUUAUCGAGGGUGAAACAGCUUCCUUCUUCAAGGAAGAAGACGAUGGUUCAGAAGUUGAUAGCAGCACAAAGACAGACUUCACAAUGCCCAUAGAAACUGACUUCUGCUUUCUGGACCAGUUUGAAGUGCCUACUGAUCAGUUUGUUUCCCCUUUGGAUGAUAAGUUACCUUCAAAAGGCAGUCACGAUAUGAGACUUUCUAAUCUUCAUGCUGCAUCUGUACAUGAGCUCUUAGAACAACUUCAAGAAGUGAAAGAAGAGAAGAAAAGAAUUCGAAAAAAACUUCGUGAUUUUGAGGAUAAUUUUUUCAGACAAAAUUCAAGAAACGUUCAGAAGGAAGAUCGUACUCCAAUGGCCGAUGACUACAAUGAAUACAAACAUGUGAAGGCAAAAAUAAGGCUUUUGGAAGUGCUUAUUAGCAAGAGAGACAUUGAUUUAAAGAUCAUGUAAGAAAAAAAAAAAAAAAAGAAAGAAACCAUCCCUUCAGAAAAGACUCACUCGGAUUGAAUGGACAAUUCCUUCACAAGGCAAUCAACACCUCUAUGAAACUAAGAAGUCCAGCUGUGUAGAGUACUAAGAAGAGCUCCAGUCAGGCUAUUUUACUGUGCGCCAAUUAUUCUCUUACUUAUUGUCUACUGAGAAGGAAACCUUUGUUAGGAAUAUUGUGGCCAAGUCGACAUUUAUGCACAUACACAUACAUUUCACUGUGGUGCAAACUUUACUAAUAUUAGCUAUUCCAUCAUUAAAUUUAGAUAGCCUAAUCCUACACAUGACCUCCAGUCAUUCAGUGUUCUGAGAAACACAAAGAACCAUUCCAUUUCACUGCUAUAAAAAUGAGCUCAGGACUUUAAUUCACUUACAGUCUGCAUGCUGUAGACUUUGGAACCAGUGUGGUUAAAUGUUUCUGUGAAUUAGAGAGCUCGAUAUGCCGUGAGCUCGAUAUGCUGCCUUGGCUUUCAUAGUGACAUUUUAAAUGGCACUGUGCCAUCUGCCAUCUUUGUGCAUGGCUCAGCUUUUACUUAAGCUCAGGUAGAUGGCAGCUCGGAGCAGAAUGAAAAAUACAAUACUCUUCUGAGAGUAUUUUUCUUUCAUAUUUCUUAAACUGAGCAAUAGAUUUCACACGUUGGCUGUGACUGGGCAGCAUCCAGCUCCACAGGAUAAUGGAAAGAUGAUGGAGGUAAUGACAGUAGUUGUACUGACUUCAAGUAACUAGAAUGUUAUCUGAAAAGUGAUUUCUUUUUCUAUGUUAGGGUGAAAAAAGUUAAAAGUCCUCAUUUAACAUUGAAUCAGGCCACUCAAAUACUUAUAGCAACUACAGUUUAUGUCUGCUAUUUUCUUUUGAUUAAAAAAAUAAGUUAGACAAACAUGCUGGAUUCUUAUUUUCAGUAACUAGUUAUGGAAUGAGAUGUAGUUCUGUUUUCCUGAGUUAAUGGCAAAAGUGGGCUCAUAAUAAUAAGCCAGAAACUGAAGAACAAAUUAUUUCUUCAAUGAUCUCAAGGCAGAAUAUUAUUCACAUUAUUUUCAGUGAAAAUACGUAAGUAGAAAAAAAAUCUCUUGCUGAUUCAUUUUUAUUAACUGGUUAUUAUCUUUAUUGGAGAAUAUUUGAUAAAAAUAUCUACAAAUGGAUAACUUGUUAGCACCAGACAAUUAGAAGACCUCAAAUCAUCCAUUUUAAAAGUAGAAAUUUUAAGUGUGGCAAGUCACCCUGUGAUUUAUCAACUUAUCUUAUUAUCCUCCAAACUGACAAAGAUCACUUUAUGGUUCAUACUUCUCCCAAAUCUAAGAAAUGUGCUUUGGAAGAACUAGAAUAGAUUUCUGGUGCAUGAUCUGAUUUCUUACAGUUUUUUCUUCUAAAGAGGGUACUUGAUAGAUAAACAUGCCUAUCUCUUUUGGAGGGCUGGCCUUUGAAUUGACACAAUAGUUUUUAAAGCUAAUUGAUCCAAAGUAUCAGAGGUGGAUUUCUGAUGUUAACUUUGCCAAAUUACUUUCAAUCAAUGGCACUAUAACCUCAAAGUGGCUUUUCUCCAUUUCUGUUAGUUGAAGAAUUGCUAAAAAAUGGAGAAGAAUGUUAAGGCAGAGAAGAAGUUCCCCUUUUUAAAUUCUGUAAGCAUGACUCCAUGCUAAUAAUUUUCUUAUUUUAAUUCUUUACAUAAUGAUAGUAUAUAGCCAAGAGGUAAGUUGUGAAUUUCUAAAUUAAAAAAUGAGAUUAGACAUAAGUAAUGCCUUGGAUAUUUUGCUUCACUGUUUAUAUAACAGAUUGUUAUAACUCCAAAGAGCUACAGAUUAAGAGAUGUAAUGUAUUUUAAUGAUAGUUUCUAUUUUUUGAAAUUGAAUGUGAUUAAUAAUGACUUCUACAUUAUCAAAAAUUGUAUUUUUAAAGAAAAAAGUUUUCUUUAAAAAAAUCUUUAAAUAUGAGGGAAUAUUAAGUGGAGCAUAUUACUAUUUAACUUAUAUCUGAGAAUAUCUUUGAAAAAAAUUAUAGGAAAAACCUUAUAUAACUAAAUUAUAAAACUCCAACAAAAGUUGAGAAAACUAAUGUUAUUAACAUUAUCUAAGUUAACAACAUUAUACAUUAACAAAUUUUCAUUUAGUUGUUAGGCCAAAACAAUUUAGUAAAAUAAAUCCUCAUUUUCAGUUCUGAUCCCCUCUUUAAUUUCUAGUCAUUCAUAUACGUAAGCCUGUAGAACCCAACUUUUAAAUUUUUUUAAAAAAAUAGCUCAAAACUGAUUUGUAGACCUAUUACAUGCUGUAUUGGUAUGUAAAUAAAAUAAUUAUGACAUAAACUUGUUUCUAUUGCAACAAAGUUUGCAAAGAAUUAUAUCACGGCAUUAGUUAUUUUAUUUGACUUUGCAUGGACAAGAGCAAUGUGGGGUGAGUUAUUUUUUCUUUUGCUCUUUUUGAAAUUGUGCAUGUUUAUUAACAGAUGCCAACAUAAUAAAAAUCUUCAAGAUGAAAAAUAAAAGAAAAACAAAAUAAAAAUGAUUAUGAGAAUUCAAGAUGGCACAGGCUUAUAAUUUUUGCAAGAAGCAAAUGUAUGCAAGAUUUUAAUAAGGGCUUUUUGAAAAUAUGUGAAGAUAUAAGAAAAUACUUUUCUGUCUAUAAGGGGAAAGCUUGCCAUUUUUAUGUACAUGUGUUAGCUUCAAGUUCAAAGAAGGCUUACACAGAAGUACACCAACUCAGGCCAGACUUGAAAAACAAAAUGAAAAGAUCUGUUGGUUUGCCUUUGAAAUGUUGGAUUGUGAACAGAUUGUGUGAAAUUGGUUUACUUCUAGAUGCUUCUUUGACAAGGGAGAAAGGUCGUUGUAGUUUCUCAUGGAUUAGAAAUGGCCUGGUCUGUAAUCUCUCUGCAUUUCUUUCUUUUGUCCUAGUGCUUUUUAAACAUUUGAAAAAUGUUGGUAAUUGCUGGGAUUUAGAAUGCUGUCCACAUAGCAAGUACAUGAGCACUUAAUAGGAGGGUCCAUAUAUGACAGAUACAAGUUGUAUAUUUUGCUUAGGUAUUUGAACAUCUUAUGCAGAGUAUAAUAUUUGAACCUUGGAGGAAUUAAAAAUUUUCUAAUGAGGAUGAAUUUGUAGUGCUUCCUAUGUGCCUUGCUAAAUUGUGUUACAAAAAGAAAAUUAAAAUUCAUGUCUCAGGGGAUUUCUGUAUGAUUGCUCAUCCAAUGGCUAUUUUAUAAAUAAAAGUAUCCAUAGAUUAUAACAAAUAUAUAUAAGAGUGUGAAGAAAGAAUAAGAAUGUUGUCAUCACUUCAAAGUUUAGAAUACAGUGCAAUUACAUGGAAUACCAUGGAGAUGCCAUUUUUCUUACAUAAAAACUAUUUAUUGUAUUGACUUGCUGAUUGAGAGGUGAAGCUAGGUUUAGAUUAUUUAAUAUUUCAUCAACUGGAGUUAACUAUUUCAGAACUAUUUCCAAAAGUACCCCAGAAUGUUUAUUUUAGUGAAAUGCCAAUCUGAUAAAAUCUGUUUUACAGUCAAAAAAUUAUUUUAUUAAUGUCAGUAAAAGUUCUUUUUCCUUAUAUACACCA